AUGAAGACUUUUCUGCUCCUCUCUCUUCUCUGCGGAGUCCUGGUCGCUUCUGCAGCUGAUGCUGUUCCAGUGGAAGCAGCAGCGGUCCAGGAAGAAGAGUCCGAAGUCUCUGUUCCAGAUGGAGGCGUCUUAACACAGGCAGAACCUGAAGCUCUGGCUGAUGAGGUUCUGACAGAAGUGGCUGAAGUAGAAUCAGCUGCUCCUGAACCCAUGAAAGCAGCUGUUAAAAGUGUCCCUUCUCUUUUGUCAAAUUCGCGGCCUCCGUCUCCGGUUGUCCAGGCUGUAGCCAACACUAACUGCCCGGCCGGGUGGCGACAGUACAAUGGCGCCUGUUACAACUUUGUGAACCUUUCCUACACCUGGAACAACGCAGACGCCAUGUGUGAGAGUCUGGGGGCGAGUCUGGCCUCGGCUCACGACCUGGGAGAGUACAGCUUCCUGAAGCAGCUCACCUGGAGAGCCGGCUUCCUCACCGCCUGGAUCGGAGGAUACCGCUUCCAGGGUUUCUGGAAAUGGGACGAUGGUUCUGCCUUUAAUUACAACAACUGGUUUUAUCACACCAGCUCCAGUUACGACUGUGUCUUCCUCAACAGCCCUGAGUCCAGAGGUUGGUCGAGUGAGCGCUGCCACCUCCUGCACCCUUUCAUCUGCUCCACCAGGUUCACUCACUGCUGA